AUGGCGGAGACGGUGUCCAUUACUAUCUGUGGCGAUGGUGGAUGCGAGGAUUCAUAUUCCGUUACCCGCACUGUUGACGGUGUUCCAUACUUCCUUGCCUUGACGGAUACAGCUGGCCAAGAAGAAUAUCGUGGUCUAUGGGCGUCCUCGAAUCUCAAGUCUGAUGCAUUCCUCCUCGUCUACGAUAUCACAAAUGCAUCUACACUGGAGGCUUUGGACUACUUCGUGGACAUGAUCGACAUGGAGGCAGAGCAGCGAUUGGAAACCAAUGCGCGAUUGAUCAAGGAAUUGGGUCCUCUACGUCACCCAGGAGAGCAGGUUGCCGUUGGCAUGGCUCCACCGGUAAGGAUUGUGGCUGGAAAUAAAUGCGAUUUGAAAGACGCGAGGGUGGUGAGCGCAAGACAGGGGUUGGAAUAUGCUAGGAGAAAAGGUUGUGGCUUUAUGGAAACGAGCGCCAGGGAAAUGGUAAAUAUUGAGGAGACAUUUGCUUUGGAAGCGCGGCAUCUUCAUCAUCGCCAACAAUUCCCCGCCCAACCCCAGACCCCUGGUUAUUCAUCAAUUGAAGCGCAUUCUCUACCUCAGAGCUUGUUCUCCCCCGACCUUAUUUUAACAUCACAGGCUGAUUUUCAUUCAAGAACUCCAGCCCUCACCGCCAAAGAGAGGGAAAUUACGGACAAUAAUAUCAAUGAUCAAGCAACGGGAAACUCCACACAGAAGCCAAACCAGUGGCAAGGUCUGGGACGAGCAAUCUCGAAACGUGUUCGAAAGGUGAAACACCGGGACACCGCAGACCCAGGCCAUAAAUCACCACCCUCAACUGCUCAUCGCGAAAAGAGCAUAUCUGAAACGACAGAGCUUCCUCGAAACAACCCACCGCAGCCUAGCGGGAAGAGAGAAGAUGAUGAUGGCACUGAAGUUGCAAAAGUCGAAGUCAAUGCGAACAAAAGAUGCGAACCUGGAGAAAACCAGAGAACUUUGUGGAGAUGGCUCUUUUGCCGAAAUCGGUGA